CAGAAGUCUUACGUUUGCGGCGGAGGAGGACUUUCGCGUCCGUCCCUUAUCUCACAUCACAUGCCAUUUGCGGCCGAAAGCGGCGACUUUGACCGCGUGGACGCACUCCCAGACCACAUGACGUUCACUAUACUGGAUGUGUUCGCUAUACUCUUCUCUAUCGGCAGCUUUCUCUUCGAUAUCGGAACAGAUAUAGCGGUCGCCGCUUUUCAUUGUCUUAAUCAAGACUAUUGGUAUUUUGGUCUAACGCUGGCGUUUGUAAUGCUUCCCACUUUGGUUAUGACGGGAAUAUCGUUGCGCUGGUAUGUCGUGGACUCGCGCGAAGUGGGUUCGCCCCCGACCUCCAACUGUCAAUGGAUUAUGAGAAUCAUAUUCUUAUUAUUACAAUUGGGACCAAUUCUUCGUUAUUUCGAUUCACUUAUGUAUGGAUUGAAAUUUAGACAAAAAAAUAAUUCAAAAGAAACGCAGAAAAAGUACUUCCAAUACAUGGUAUACGAAGACACGGACGCAGCGAUGUUGAGGCUAUUCGAGUGCUUUAUGGAAGCGGCCCCACAACUGGUGCUUCAGCUCUAUAUCUUAGCGCGUGGUAAUCCACAUUCCAGCGAUGACUGGACCGUUGUGGCCCAAAUAGUGGCAGUGUUGGCGUCAUUGGUGUCGCUGUCGUGGUCACUGGUCUCAUACCAUCGGGCGUUACGGUUAUCAUUGCCCGAUAAGGCGAACAUGACUUGGCCGGGAAUUGCUAUUCAGUUUAUUUGGCGGUUUUUCUCGAUAGCGUCGCGUGUGUUAGCUCUGGCACUGUUUGCCAGUGAAUUCCGGUUUUACAUAAGCAUUGUUUGUUGCAUUCAUUGGCUGAUUAUGUUCUUAUGGAUCGUUUCCAUGAGGACUCAGUUCUGUGAUAAUAAAUGCGAAGAACUCGGAUAUAACGCAGUUUUAGGCGUUAUGUUUAUAUUCUGUUACUUCAAUCCCGUUGACAGACCAACAAGAAAACGAUACACUGUUUACUAUGUAUUCAUAUUCUUCGAGAAUAUCAUUUUAAUGACCUUUUGGUACACCCAUUGCGAUGACAGCAAGUGGUAUAAAACGAUCGCAAUGUACGGACACUUUGCCAGCUUUUUUGUUGGCCUCUGUGUUAUGAGUGUAUAUUAUCUACGGUUCCAUCCGAGCCGUAACGUUGUUUGUUGUCGUGGAGGGGAUGACUGCGACAACAGCUCCAGCGCUUCCGAGCAGUCAAAACAGAACCAAUUGAAGCACAAAUUGCAUACAACCAAUGGUUUGUGGACAACUCAGGGCAGACUUUUGCACCCAAGACCUGCCAUUCCCACCUCUAUU